AUGACGGACGCCAAAAUCGCCAACUUCAACCUCCUCCAAACCCAUUACAAAAAAGUCAACAACCACCCAAUCCGCGCCGACAUCCUGAUCCCAAAAACCGCCCACACAGGCCCCCGCCCCGUCAUCCUACGCUACCAUGGCGGCGGCCUCGUAAUGGGCGACAGCCUUUUCAUGCCAUUCUUCCCGCACUGGCUAGCCGAUCUGGCCGAGAAACACAACGCGAUCAUCGUAUCGCCGAAUUACCGCCUCCUACCCGAAACAACCAGUCCCGAGAUCUACGCCGACAUAGAAGAUUUCUGGACAUGGCUUCAUGGACCGGAAUUCGGGGCUUUGCUGGAGAAGCAUGAUGCUGAGGCGGAUUUGGGCCGCAUAAUUACGGCUGGGGAUUCGGCGGGUGGGCUUUUGAGCGUGUAUACUGCUUUGGCGCAUCCGAGGCAGAUUCGCGCGGCGACGGCUUCGUAUCCGUGGAUUAAUCCCGGUUCGGCGAAUACGGUGCUUGCGAACCCGCCAUUUGGUCAUUCGACUCCCGAGUCGGUUUAUACGGAGUAUAUGGCUAGUGCUGAGAUUGGUGGUGUGAAGUCUGAGUGGAGUGGGCCGGAGAGUUUGAGCUUUAUGCUUGCUGCGGCGGAACAUGGGCAUUUGGCUGGGAUAUAUGCUCGGGGUACGGAGGGAGUUUCUCGUGAGAUGUUGUAUCCGAUUGAUAAGCUUGAGAGUGAGGGGGUUGAGUUUCCGAGAGGUGGGAUUGCGGUUAUUCAUGGGAAGCAGGAUAGUAUUGUUCCUGUUGGUGAUGUUGAGGGGUUUGUUGAGAAGGCAAAGGGUGUUAGGUCUGGGCCCGGAGUUACGCUUACGGUGAGGGAUGGGGAGCAUGGGUUUGAUGGGGAUUUGAGGUUUGAUGAGGAGGAGUGGAUGGGGGUGGCUUUUGGGGGGGGCUAUUACCGCUUGGUUGGAAUAGAGGUGUAG